AUGGCCAAUUCAGGACUGAAAGGUCGCGACGGCGCCAAGACCUCUAUCACUCCUCACCCGGGCUUAGAGCUACCGGAUGGCUAUGUGAAGCCCAAAUCUGCUGGGAAACAGAACAAGCGUAGGAAGAAGAAGAAGAUUAACACAGGCUCUGUACAGAACCAGCAGGCCACGAACGUGGCUGCCUCGCGUACUACCAACCAGGGCAAAAACACCAUUUCUGCCCCAACAUAUCUUCGUCCGAUCAUGGCACCCAUCAAAGCCAACCCGGCUGAUAACAAAGCCAAGAACCAGAAAGUCUCGCAGCGAGAUGAACUCAUCUUCGGAAAGUUGAGUGGCCCUGUCCGUUUCAUUGAGGAUGACACGAGCGACAUUUGUAUCUGCGACCCAAGAAUCGGUUUCAACAAAGCUCAAUACGACCUCGCUCGCGCGAAGAAGUAUAAGCCUGAGAUGCUGAUUGCCAUCAAGGAAGAUGUCAAGAUCCCAGCCAAGCGAGAGAGACCUAACAGCCCUAAGUAUUGGCUUCUGCAGGACUUGCCGCAGACGAUCUGUGAUGAGUUCCCAGAUGGGUACGCUCCGAAGACUCAUGAGGAAGCUCGGGCCGUUCUCAAGCACUUUCCACAUGUCAUGUUGACCACCAGAGUGCGUAUACCUCCCGCUACCGUGUCGAUUUGCACUAACGAGCCCAACAUUGAUGCCCCGAAGAAUACAUUCCUUCGCGUCCUCAGACAAGUUGAGCUUGGCAUCAAGAUUCUGGAGAACCUUGCAAGCAACUACUUCGCCAUGGCCAAUCUGGCAGCAACUUGUGUUACGGCUUUCCGAAUUAUCGAUGAGAAACUGACAGAUCGCUGGAAUAUGACCAAGGGAAUCUUCAACCUGUGCGAGUAUACUCUUGAUGAUAUUGAGCAUGAGGAGACCGGCGAGGACGCCUCAGAGAUCGCAAAGGGGGUUGCCUCUCGAGGAGUGUCUAAGUUCUUGAUCGUCUCACCCACUCAUGAUACCUUGGAUGGUUGUCGAGGAUACAAGUAUCGUCGUCCACUCGCAGCGAAGACAGAGGUGGUGAACACCAUGAAGUUCUUCCGCGCACUGAACAAUGUCGGAAGUACCAUUCAGCAUCUGCAGCUGCAUCGUAUGGGAGUGUUGGACACCGUGCUCGUGAAGGCCAUGCUACCGAUGUUGCCGAACCUCAAGACUCUCGGAGUGCUUCAGUGCCCACUGAUCACCUUUUAUCACACGAAGAAGAUGCUACUCAUCAUCAAAGAUCAUCAAGACAAGCACGGAGCAAUGGACACCAACAAGCCGAUCAAGACCGCUAUUGGCGCCCGCUUGAUCUUCUCUUACCUGCCACUCGCCCUCGAAGCGGGUCAAGAUCACUGGUUCGAGCUCUCCAGCUCGUAUUGCCAGUUCCUCGAGAAGUUGCCCUUGCCGGAUUACUUUGUUCCACGAGUUCUCAACGUUGUCUUGCGUGGUGACAAGCUCAAGGAAUAUCUGAUCGAGGACACUCCUACCUAUAUCAAGCACAUGUUCAACAUGUGCGGUGCAGUGCUUGGAGAUGGAGCUUUUCUCACAGGCGAUGAGCUGGUUCAUGAGACUCAAUACCGAGGAGAGAAGUACGCAGUCUGGACUGAGAAGUGGCAUUGUCCAACGUGCGACCAAGACAUGCCCGCCUUCUUCUUCCGACAUGACGGAAGCUGCGAUGCUUGCGUUCUUGCCCCGAGGAUUGCUGAAGAAAUUGACCACUAUAAGGUCGAGAAGCGAGACCUGGCUGCGUCUUUGUACGAGGAGUGUGGUGCGAAACUGGGCGAUCAGAUGGAGGAUCUGCGAGACAACUUCCACUUCGGACAUAUGGGGUUUCUCGUCCCUGCAUCUUUAGAGAAUUGGACCAUUGACUCGGCUGUGCAGCGCGCAGCCCAGAUCGACGGUCUGAGGGCAUUGACUACCAAUGUCUUGCAAUAUGUCGACCGCGCUGAGAUUCACUUGCUGAAGCCUGUGGGGCAGGCUCUGGCCAGGGUGACUCGUGACCGGGACUGGAAUGACAAUCAGUUUGUCCCAAAGAUUGAUGAUCUCGACCCUCGGAACUUUGAGGACAGAUACCUGAAGGCGGAAGACUGGGACGAGAUGCGUCGAAUUCGAGCGAGAAAGCUGGAGAAAGCCAAGGCUUACUGCGUGCUUCAUGGACUUCCCACGGAUGAUGAGGCGCUGCGAAAGACCAUCCGUAACGUACUUGCCAAUGACUGGCUGAAGAAUAAGUGGACGCUCGAUGGCCCUCUUCCGGACGACUUCUUUUAA